GCUUUUGCAUCUGCAGGAAGGGAGAAGCAAGCGUGAAGCAUGAGGGUGAACUCUGCCAUCCAGGCUGCCAUCGACCUCACAGCGGGAGCCGCAGGUGGGACCGCGUGCGUGGUGACCGGGCAGCCCUUUGACACGGCCAAGGUGAAGAUGCAGACGUUCCCCGAGAUGUACAAGGGCGUCGUGGACUGUUUCGUGAAGACCUACAAGCAGGUGGGACUCCGAGGCUUCUACAAAGGGACCACCCCGGCCCUCGUAGCCAACAUCGCCGAGAACUCCGUUCUCUUCAUGUGCUAUGGAUUUUGCCAGCAAAUUGUGAGGAAAAUUGUCGGGGUGGACAGGAAGACAAAACUCAGCGACCUGCAGAGCGCCGCCGCCGGCUCCUUCGCCUCCGCCUUCGCCACCCUCGUGCUGUGCCCCACCGAGCUGGUCAAGUGCCGCCUGCAGGCCAUGCACGAGAUGCAGCUCUCGGGAAGGGUGCUGCACGGACACAGCACAGUGUGGGCAGUGGUGAAGGGCGUGCUCCAAAAGGACGGGCCCUUCGGCUUUUACCGCGGCCUGUCGAGCACUUUGCUGCGGGAGGUGCCCGGGUAUUUCUUCUUCUUCGGAGGCUACGAGCUGAGCCGCACGUUCUUCGCCUCCGGGAGGCCGAAGGAGGAGCUGGGUCCCAUUCCUUUAAUACUAAGUGGAGGCUUUGGAGGCAGCCUCUUGUGGAUUGCUGUGUAUCCCGUGGACUGUGUCAAAUCCAGGAUUCAGGUUCUUUCAAUGGCUGGAAAACAGGCUGGUUUCAUGGGAACAUUUGCAAGCAUUGUUAGGAAUGAAGGUGUGUUUGCCCUCUACUCUGGACUAAAGCCAACCAUGAUCCGUGCAUUCCUGGCCAACGGGGCUCUGUUCCUGGCCUAUGAGUACAGCCGGAAACUCAUGAUGAACCAAAUAGAAUCCUACUGAUCCCAGCCAGCAAGCCAGGAACAACCCUUCCAAAUGAACAAAAACCUCUAGGUUGUAUCAGGGUCUGAAUAGAGCCAAAUCAGCGACCUUAUUUUUAAGGAACUCAGCUCCAGUUUAAAAAUUUAUUACACUUUAAAUUCAAGUGAUUUUUUUUUUUUUGAGACAUGAUGUCUCUGUGUUCCUUGAGUUGGACUUGCAGAACUCCAUCUGCAUCCUGCAGAUACUGCACUAGGUACCCUACAGGCCAGGAAGAUCCAUCCCACCUGAGAUGGUGUUCAACAGACUUAUCUGUGGUGACCUGGUGGGUUUCAUGCAACGUGCAGUGAUAGGCUCUGAUUCAUUUAAGACAAAGCACUGUCUUAAAAGUCUAUGCAGUGGUGGGGAAGUUUUCCAGUUGUUGCUGGCAAGCAUCUGUGACUCGAACGACCUGCAGUCUUGUCUAGCCUCACUGAGCGUGACUUGUAUCUGACCCUCAGAUAGACCCAGGACGUUCUCGUUGGCUUCCUCCUGCCCUGUGACUUCCCAAAGCCAACACCGUGAGCU